AUGGAGAAACGUAAGCCGACCGUGCCGUACCCGCUGCGCCCGGUGCCUCUGGCCCGAGUCCCUCCCGGGGAGGCGUUCGGGGUCCCCGAGCGCCAGGAACAAGCGCGCAGUUGGGAGCGGAGACGGCCGUGCCCGCCCCUGCCGCUGGAGGGCGCCGCGGAGCCCGCCUUCCUGCGCCUGCGCAACGAGCGCGACAAGGUGGAGACGCUGCGCGCCGCCAUCGGCUACAUCCGGGACCUCCAGGAGCUGCUGGAGCACCACGCGCGCGCCCGGGACAGCCCGGCGGGGGCCGCCCCGCUGCGCAGGGCCGAUUGCAACAGCGACGGCGAGUCCAAGGCCUCCUCGGCGCCCUCGCCCUGCAGCGAGCCCGAGGACGGGGCCAGCUAG